AUGGCUGAUAUUACGGUCAGGCUCCGCCGCCUUUCGCAUUCCAUUGAGCGCUUGAUGGCCAUCGCAGGCACUCCAAGCGUGGCUAUCGGUGUAAUGACCAAGGAUAAUCCGAUAUUCUACGACAAUCAUGGCUUUCGCGACGUCGAAAAGAAACUCGCUGUCACUGAAGACACAAUUUUUCCGAUUUGUUCUUUGACCAAAGCCAUCACUGCCGCAGGACUUGGCCUUCUUGUUGAGGAGGAUCGGGUAUCAUGGGAUAGCCUCAUCAAGGAUAUCCUGCCGGAUUUCCGCUCCGUCAGUCCUGUGCUUCAUAACAAUACUACCAUGAUGGACAUUCUUCGCCAUCGUACUGGGAUGGGCUGA